AUGGACGCGAACGCAACCGUGGAGGACAUGACGGAAUUCAGAGCGAGCAGAUCGGUUCUGAUUCACGCCCUGACCGCCGUCGGGGCUGCCACCUCGCAAAAGAUCGGUCGGCUCGAGGAGAUCGCCAACCUGGAAAAUACGAUGCUCAUGUCGUUUGAGCUUGCCAACCUCGUGUACGUGCCCGGCGUGGAAACCGAGUACAGGAAUUUGGAACCGGAGGAAAGACACUGGAUAAUAGAUAGCGCGAAGAACCUCGCGAACCAGCUGCUUACCAACAGCUACGAUCAGCCGCUGUGGAACUCGAUCGGAGGUUCGCCGAUGGCCGUGGCCGUGUCCGUCUUUCAGACGCGGGUGUCGAACGCCGACGCCGGCGAACGGGGCACCGCGAUCUGCCGAGGUCCGCGAAACCACGCGACGUACGCGCUGAGAAGGAUAACGGAGAAGAGAAGCAGAGCUUGCAAGAUACCGCCAGUGAGACUCACCUGUCUGAGAUUGCCGUCGGACGUAAUCGCCCCCGUGACCAGACCUAUGCCGGACACGUCCGACGGCGUGGGAUCCACGGCGAUCAAAAGACCGGAUGCGAAUCCGGAUCUCCUGCCGGACCUCCGUUCUUCGUCGAACAGCCGGGAGAGCAACCUUCCGGAGAAAAGACGUUCGGAAAGGGAUCUGGACGUGGUUCGCUUGGAAUCGGAUCUGAAAGCCACGAGGAGAAAGUCGAAGCAGCCGCCACCUGAAGAGAGUGGACUCAAGCUGCAGCAAAAGCUGCAGGAACCCGUCCGCAAACUGAAAGACCGAGAGAGAUCGCACGCCGACUUGGAAGAGGAGUUGGAAGAAAAAGACGACAAAAUCAGUGCGCUGAAGAAAGAGUCGACGCUCGCUAAGACCGCGAUGUCCAUGUACGAAAAGCGGGUGGACGUCUUGAAAGAAAACCUGAAAACGGCUUACAAGCGAUACGACAAGGAAGUAAAAAGCAGGCGGAUUGUGGAGGCGGCCGCGAAAAAGGCAGACGAGCACGCGCAAUCCAUGGCCGACAAGAACGUCGAAUUGCAGCGAGAACUGUUAAGACGGCAACCCGAUGAGUCGUUGUACGAAAUGGAAGUGAGCAUCGGAGAGAAGGAGGAGUUGCGGCGAGCGCAAUCCGAUCUGGAGGAGGAACAGAAGACGGUUAUGCGAUUGAAGAGUGCGAUCGAGGACCUGAAAAAGGACCAAACGCGUCAUUCGGAGGUUCUUCGAGAGAACAGAAACCUGAAGGAGGAAGUGGAAGUGAACGCGGAAGGAUCGAAAGACCUCCAACGACGGUCGGCGACAAAGCUGGAAGAGACCGAGAAGCAGGUGGAGAGUCUGAAGGAACGGUUGGAUGAAAAAGGUCGCUCGACUGCAAACGCGAACAAGGAGAUCGCCUCCCUCAGAGAGGAACUUCGUGCCGAAAGGGAAAAGGUGGCAACGGCUUCCAAGGAACGCAGCGACGGCGACGCCCGACGUUCGGCGAUUCUCGAAAAGAUCAAAGAGGAUCUGCGAUUGGCUACUCGCGAAGUGGAGACUGCCAAAGACAGAGAACGAAGGUCGGCGAAGAAGUUGGAAGAGAGCGAGAGGGAGGUCGAGAGUCUGAAGGAGUUGUUGGACGUAACGGAGAAGAAUCACGAAGCGAACCUUCGCGAGUUUCGUUCUUCCGUCGAGUCCGACAAGGCGAAGGCGAUCUCAGAUCUUGAAACGGCCAAGGCCGAUCACUCUGACAGGACCGAUAUUCUCCGGACGGAGAUUGCCGAUCUUAAGGAAAAGCUGGCCGAGGCCACCCGAAAGGAGUCUUCGCUGAUCAAGGAUGUCGAGAAAUUAACCGCACUGAAAGAUGAUAAUGAAAAGGAGAGUAGGAGGAUGGAAAAGCAGCUUUCCGAUAAAGAUCGCACUGCUAUCGACUUGCGGAACGAGAUCGACACCCUGGAAGAGAAAAUGAAACGGAACGGAAGUAAGACGGACGAUCAAAUGACGGCCUACAAAGAAGAGAUUGAAAGAAACGUGAAGAGGAUGAAAGAGUUGGACGCUACGAUCGCGAAGAAGAUUCGAGAGGCGGCCGGUCUCGAAGACGAGAUCGCCGUCCUCAAAGACUGGAAGGAACGUGACGGACGGAAAAUAAAAGGAUUGGGAGUGCAGCUCGCUAACAAAGGACGCGAGGCGACCGCUCUCAAAGACGAGAUAGCUGCACUGCAAACGGACCUCUCGAGAGCGCGCGAAGAAUGCGCGGACGACCGGAGUGCCGAACUUUCCAUCCUUCUAGAAAAGACGAAAGACGAACUGCGACGGACUUCCCGCGAUCAGGCGUCCACCAAGGAAGCCGAGAUCAGGCUGAAGGCGAACCACGAAAAUAUCGAGAAGGAGAUCCCGCAGUGGAAGCAAUGGGUCGAAGAAUUGAAGAAGGCACGCGACGAAUCUCACGAAUCCCACGCCAAGGAACUCGGAUCGCUUCGAGACGAUCUCGAGAGGGAGAAAUCGGACGCUGAAACGAAACUUGCAACGGCGAAGGCGAGCCACUCGGACGAGAUUGAAAAUCUUCGAACGCAGAUAUCUUUUCUCAAAGAAAAGGAAUCGAAACUGAGAAUAGACACAGGUAAGUUGCAUGCGGCCCUAAAGGAACGGGAAGAGAAGCAUCUCGAUCGGAUAGCUAAACUGGAAUCCGAUAAGAUUUCGCGAUCGGCCGAAGCGGAAGAGGCUCUUGACGAGUGCGCGUCCGUCUCGGAGAAACUGAAGCUCGCGACCGAUUCCGAACGUCGGUCGAAGGAGGACCUUGAUAGGUGGCAAGCCGAGAAGAGGUCGUGGCAAGCGACGGCCGAACGACGUUCGGCAGAUCUCGACAAGCUUCGCGACCUGCUGAAUACGUCCGAGAGAGAACGCGCAAAUCUUGAGUCCCAACUUCCGAACGUUGACAAGAAUGUAACGGAUUCGAAAGAAACGGAUUCGUUGAAGCGGGAGCUGGAAAGACAUCGACAGGAGAUCCGACAACUCGAACGACUUCUGAGCGACGAAAAGAGGGAGAAGUCGGGUGAAUCCAACGACAGAAUGAUUUCGGAACUAAGUAAAGAACUCAAAACGGUCAUCGACGCGCGCGAUAGACUGGUGAAAGAGAACACCGAAAUGGAAAAGAGGCUAUCGGAAUCGGACAAAAGUCUGUCAAAUUUGUACGACGAAUCGAUGAAAAAGGUUGUCCACCUCGAAGAAUCGGUGUUUUCUAAGAACAAGGAAGCGGACGAAUUGAGAUCAGAUUUGACGAAAACGAAGAUGGAGAUGGACGAGAUCAAAAGACAACUCAACUUUGCCAAUAAAAAAGUGGCGGAGGCGUAUUCCGAAGUGACUCGAAUCGUCGAUAACUCGGAAGACGGACGAUCCCACGAGGAAUGUCGAGAACUUCUCACACGACGCCUCGAUGAACGAGUGCACGGUUCCCAUCUGCUUCCUUUCGAGCAACGACCACGCCGGGUUCGCCGGAAGGGGAGACGCGCGCUACGUGCUUUUCGACGACGACGCCAAAAGCAUAAAGUGGACGGACACGGAUACGCUCGUCCAGUUGGCCGAGAGGAUACUGGAUCGCAAUCUCGUACACGAUCCCGGUGCGGUGAUAGUGGAAGAUGUUCGACGACAUUGACGAUCCAGCCACCAGUUCUGACAACUUCCUGCUUCUCAUAA